ACGCUCUCACUGCCAUAGUAGUCCGAACGGCCAGAGGAGAACAAAAGAGAACGGGUUAUGUCGCUCCCUCGCUUAGCCGUUCUUUAUACUGCCAUCGCAGUCGUUCAGCUCCUGUCGUCUGCCGCUUAUGUCCCCGCGUCCCAGAUGGUCCUGGACCAGACAUCAGCAGCAUCGGCCAUCUUGCGGCGCAUAACAACAGACCCGGAGCGUGGCUGGGACGCACAUUCGGUAGUUGAGGAUCUGGUUCAGUCAUUAAAUGCCGACGUGUGGCAUGUCGGCCAGCAUCAUGUCGAUGUUUACCUCCCACAAGGUUCUGCCAACGCCUCUUCGCCAUCUCUAGACGACUUGCCGCAUGUUGACACCCAUCUGCCGAAUGCACUCCUGAAAGCACCCCGCACACGACCACAAUCCCACUGGAACCUCAGUUCUCUAGCGAAUACCACCUUCCACGCGGAAUACCACGCCCUUGAGGAUAUCUAUAUCUUUACCAGGGAGCUUCUAGACCUUUAUCCAGACAAUGUGAAAGUCGUGCCCAUUGGUCACUCUGUUGAGAAUAGAGAGAUGUUUGCGCUUGAGAUAUUCAAGGACGAGCGAACGAAAGCGAAGAAGACCGGCUUCGUCAUUACGGGUGCCCAGCAUGCCCGGGAGUGGAUUGCGACGUCGACCGCGAUGUUCAUUGCGCAUGCCCUGCUUGCUGAUCCGUCCGAGUCGUAUUCUAUGGCCCCUCUUUUAAGCUCAUACACCUUUUACCUCGUGCUGGUGCCCAAUCCUGACGGGUAUGUAUACACGUGGGAGACGGACCGACUGUGGUACAAGAACCGUCAGACCCUCGGUCCAAACGAAAAAUGCGUAGGCCUGGACAUGAAUAGGAAUUGGGGUCACAAGUGGAAACGGAGAGCAGACUUCCCCGCCACCCAGGCCGCGAAAAAAGCCCCGGCCAAUCCUUGUGCUCCUUGGUACCCGGGCCAUCGUCCGUUCGAGUCACCCGAGGUGAACAACAUCGCGAACUUCAUCACGACCCUGCCGAACCUACGCGCAUAUAUCGAUCUAAGGAGCUACGGCCAGAUGAUCUCUACGCCUUGGUCGUUCACAUGCAAGAAGACGACCAAGGAUGCUGAGGACCAGCUCGAGGCCGCGUUGGGCGCAGCAGCAGCGAUCCGAAUUGCUCAUGGGACGACCUUCACGGCUGGUGGUCUCUGCAAGUCGACCUACAAGGCACCGGGCAACGUAGUAGACUACAUGUACGGCAAAGCUGGCGUCAAGUACUCGUACGCAGUGCAUCUGCGUGACACUGGCACUUACGGUUUCCUUCUCCCGCCUCAAUGGAUUCGACCAGUCGGCGAAGAGACGGCCAACAUGAUCAAGGCCCUCGCUGCGUUUAUUGUGAAUAAGAAAUUCUGAUUUGUUGUGACGCUACUUUUUAUGUGGUCUGCUGCGCCCACACAUGUUGUAAUUCUAGUCUGUAUACUCUUUCUGUAGCCUCCACAGUCCUAUCUUAGUCUUCAGCAGCUGUGCUGCCGCGUAUGGAAUACUUAUCAUG